AUGGACGCCCCCGACCGCUUCCGUCAGCCAGGCCUCCCCCAGUACCAAGGCUUGGGCCAGCAGCCCUACGGCGCCCAGCAGUCGCUGCCCACGCUGCCGCCCCUCCACAGCGCUGCCUCGUUCCCCUCGCUGUAUGGCGGCCACCACAGCAACCCCCAGACGCCCCAGCCGCCGCACACGCCCGUCACCUCUGCCUCCAACGGCAGCAGCACCAUGCCCCCGCUGCAGCACCCGCCGCUGAGGCCCAUCCAGCCCUCGCCCUCGUACAUGGGCGCCAUGUCCUCGGCCUACUCGCAGGCCCCGCUGCUGCCCACCGCCGCUGCCCACAACACACACCAGAUGGGCGGCCCAACACCUGGCCUGGGCAUGAACCACCCCUCGCUGUACCCUCACCCUCCCGUCCUGGCGAACCAGGAGCCUGAGCCGGUGCAUGUCGUCGGCCAGCAGGGCCGCCGCGGAGUCUUGCCCACACACCCUGGCCGGCCAGCUCCCGCCGCAGGAAAGGCGCCCACCACCGCGACAAAGAACGCCGACGGCAAGUAUGAGUGCCCGCACUGUAACAAAACGUACCUGCACCUGAAGCACCUGAAGCGCCAUCUUUUGCGACACACCGGCGAGCGACCCUACCAAUGCCACUUGUGCAAGGACACCUUCAGCCGAAGUGACAUCCUGAAGCGCCACUUCCAGAAGUGCUCCAUUCGCCGCGGUAACCCUACCGGUGCCAACCAUCUGCAGCAUGCGCAGCAGCACCUGCAGAAGAACCGUGCGCCCAACGGCACCGAGGCCACAUCGUACCUCAACCACAUCCAGGGCACUUCCAUGCCCUACGCUGAUGCAGGCUACUCCAUGGGCAUGCCGCAGAUGCCUGCCGUGGGUGCCAAUGGCUACGGCGGCGAUCUGCCCUCGAUUGCUGAUCAACACUCCAUGUCCGCCAGGACGUCGCGCUCCAACAGCUUGAUCAACCGCCCUGGCAGCGGGGUCGAGGAGAACAGGAGGAGCAUGUCCGCACUGGACACGUAUGGCCAGGCGCGAUUGAACUUCAACGACUAUCGUCCCAAUCCAAUGUCCAACCCUGUGUCGCACGACGCCAACUCGUUCGCAGCACAGCAGCAACAUCAGCAGCAGCAGCAGCAGCAGCAGCAGCAGCAGCAACAACAACAACAACAACAACAACAACAACAACAACAACAGCAGCAGCAGCAGCAGCAGCAGAACAAUGCGGUCACUGCGGACUCGACCAAUCACUUUAAUUACAACCACGCCGCUGUCAACAACGACUUGGCGCAGAACAACAUGCCUGUCAAGUCCGAGGGCGGCGACUCAACUCCCUACGGUGUCACCUCCAUGCCCAACGUCGACGGCCUUCCCAACGGCCAAGACAGCUCCAUGUGGCGGAACGGCGGCGCUUUCAACGGAGAAACACACUUCACGAAUGGAUCCAGUAUGGCAGGUGGCCCAAACCAACAUAAAGCGACUGGCGUUCUGACCGGUACCUUUUAGAACAACACAGAUGAUACACCAAAAUAUGAUACCAUGUUCACAGGCUUAUACUCGAAUCCCGGUUUCGUCGACUCGUCCCCAUUCAUUGAAAACUGGCCCCUCGUUUCCUCUGAUCCCCUGCAACAAAAGGCCGAGGCUCUACUCAACUUCUGCUUUCCCAACGCGUCACUGAUUGUUCCCGGAUCCAGCGAGGCUUAUUCCUUCGAGGCACUGAAAGGCAUUCUUACCCCCGACAACAUCAAUCAUCUGCUCCGGGAAUACAAGCACUUCCACGUCCACUGGCCGCUUAUUCACACCCCUACCUUCGAUCCGAUUGCUGCAAACGAAGGCCUUGUUCUCGCCAUAUGCUGCGUCGGUGCUGUCUACUCUGAGAGGAUGAACCCGAAGUCGGUGCGCUGGUUAAUGGGACUCGUUCGCGGUGCUGUGUUGCGUUCAAGUCAAAUUUACAAGUUGGUCCAAAACCAGCACCAGGUCUUGGACCCCAACAGGCACUGCCCGACAGACAUAGAAGAGUUUGAAGCUCUUGGUUUACUUCACAGUCUCUUCCUAUGGCAUGGCAGUCAAAAGCAACGGCAGCAAGGGCGUGAAGAGUUUUUCAUAUUGGCCAACAUUACCCGCCGCGCCGGACUUUUGCAGCCUCUUCCGCGCAGCAAUCCUGGAUUCAGCUCUCUGCAUCAACCCGGCCCUUUCACUGGCGAUGAAGUCAACACUUGGAAUUGGAGUUUGUGGGUGGAGAACGAGAAACGGUCUAGGGCCUCGGCGUACAUUUUCCUCAUCGAUGCAGCCAGCACCAUCUUCUUCAAUUCACAACCGCAGUUUGACGUCAACGAAAUCAAGGUUUCACUGCCGGCAGACGACGCAGCUUGGGAGGCUAAGACGGAGGAGGAAUGCGCAAGGGCACUCGGGUUGCGAGGAGAAGCGGCACAGGUUGCAAAUGCAUCAGGGAGCAGGCGCGCAAAGCAGCUCGGCAUGUCAGAAGCUCUGCAGGUUCUUUACAGAGGCACGCAUGCUCAAUUACCCGAACGGAGCACCAACGCGUUCGGCAAGUUUCGUAAGUGUCUUGGCUCAAUCCUCCAGCUGGUGCUAGACUAACGCUUCCACAGUCCUCGUCCAUGCGAUUCACGUCCAGAUAUUCAACAUUCAACGUCAACUUCUCAGACGCAUGUCUACAAGCGGCACUAGCACUCCUGACGGGCCAGCUACCCCGCCAAAUGGUGUCAGCGAGCAAGUCCAACAACUACUCCGGUCCACCGUUCAAGCUCUCGAGUUGUGGAAGACCUGUUGGGACGUCGAUUUGGCGAUACAGUACCCCCACGCACGCCCCCGCCUUGGCUUCUGCAGAGACGGCGUUCAUUUCUACUUCCUGGCUCGUCUCUUCCUGAGGAGCUCGAGGAGAGAAGAAUGGGCCGCGCCUGCAGACCUGCGUUGCAGACAUGUCUUCAAUCUUCUCAAGCAGAUCAGGACGCACAUCGCAACCGAUUCCAACCAGAAAGGCCUCGACUUCGGAUCCAUCACUACAGUCACGGACGACUACGGCAUCAACGACCUCACUCUCAACAUGAAAAACCUCUUCACACCUAUCCAGUCUGCUCAAUCCAACCAGAGCCCACCUCAACACCUUCCGCAAUAG